AUGGAAGCUUUGAUGCAGAAACUGUCUGUGAAUGCGUUGGUGAUUUUCCAAGCUCCCUGCUUCAAACGCAGCCCUUACCACUCAGGAGGCCGAUUUUUAGAUUUGACGCGCAAGCAGAAAGUGGUAGUGGACGCUCUUCCACCCACUGAUGCUGCCUACGUUCCUUUGAAGCACUCUGUGCAAAAAGGACCGUGCACACCAGGAGAAAUUGCGGAUCUGCAAGGAUUGCAGAAUGGCAACAAGGCUGACUUGACUUGCAAGAUUUGCGACCUCAAUCAUCGCAUCAUCAAAGAAAAUCAGGAGAAGACAGAGCUCUGGGUGAAGGAUGCUUCUGACAAGAGACUCUUGGUUGAAGCUUGGGGUAGAAGUUUUGCAGAGACGUUGCAGGACAUCGGUGUCGACGAAGUGGUAUGCCUCAUGAACUUCUCUUCGGAUCGGGGCUCGGCUUUUGCGGUGAAGCCUGGAGCGGAUGAUGUUCUACGACGCUUCGAAGAGGUGACUCGCGAAGGUGGCGAGAAAAUUUCGGCAUGGUUCCAUCACUUCGACAAAGAUCAGAGCUAUCGCCGCGUGGCGUUCACGAAGGAGUUGCACUGGGUGCUUCGGGCUUCACUGGUGGGAAUCGACUAUCGAGAGUUCGACAAGGGUCUCAAGGCCAUGCCCGGAGCCCGCGAUUCCCUGCAUCCGCCACUGGAGGAGCUGAAGUUUGGUGGCCAAAAGGAGGAUUGUGUGAAGCUUUGGCAGACGGGCCGUUCGCUCUCGCCGCCCCCGGCGGCGCUCUCGACCCCGGAGGAGUUGGACGAGGACAACUCCGGCGAGAUCUCCUUCGAAGAGUUCGCGGAGCCCCAGGAGGCCGGGCUGGACGGGGUCCCGGACGGGCUGGAUGGGUCAGAAGGUUCGCUGUUGGGCAACAUGGCUAACAAGAGAAAGCUUCCCGAUGCCAGAAGGGGACGAAAACGUGGUCCAGCUCAAGAAGCUGUCCAAUUGGGUGCACCAGACGCUGAGCUGAAUGGGAUGGACCCGACGACGGACCCGAGUUGUCAGACACGCCACGUGCUGCGCAGCAUUGCUCCGAUGAUCUCGUUCAGCAAUCCACAGGUCUAUGAGCGCUUCAGUGGAGUGGCGAAGGUCUUGUCCAGUUGGAAGUUCAUGAAGAUCGACUUCGCGAUCAUCGGCACUGGUGGCUGCGGCACCACCUCGCUGCGGCGGAACUUGGCGCAGCAUGCGGAGGUGCGCUUUACCAACGAGAAUGAGGAUGAACUCUUUGCGCCAGGCUAUGCUUAUGAAUACCAAGGUGGAUUCCGCUUGCUCCCCACGGAGGCGCAGGUGAAUAUGGUCCGCUGCGGCCGGGCCAGGUGCCACGGAGAGAGGAAGGAAAGAGUGGUGCUAGGAGUGAAGAACUUCCAGCUGCACAACUUCGAUUUCGGCCUGGUGGCGCUGAGUAUGUUGGACAGGGUGAAACUCAUCAUGUUGGUGUGCGAUCCCUUGGAUCGCUUGGAGAAAGUGCUCCACUACUUCCACUGCGGCUUCGACGCGCAGACCCGCCAACACUGCCAGAACCGCACGGUGAUCGAUGAGAUUGUGGCGAAGUGGUCCAGUGUGGCCCAUUUGGUGGAAGAGCAUAAGGAGCAUUGGGUUGCCGCACGGCGGUUGCUCAUUGUGAGCAGCCUCUUCGACACCCGCGACGUCAUGGUGGUGCAUCAGCAGAUCCUGCGAGAGUUUCCCGCGCGCCUGUACAGGGCCUUGUUCCAUCACAUUGGGCUUCAAGAGCCGCCGGACAUACGAUAUCAUCGCUACAACAGCUUUGGGGGCCGCCGCACCGGCCUUUGCCAACGGAAGAACUUGCUGAAGGAGUUCCAGGAGGCGUUGGAGCCCGAAUAUCGUCGCUUGGAGGAGGUGCUCCGCCAACUGGGCCACCCUGAGAUCUCCGAGCUCUCGCGCCGCACCACGCGCUGCCACCGCCAUGCCGAGCUGCGGCGCGCCGCGCGCUGCGUGAACCAGCGUUGUGAUCUGUGACCCCUGCCACCGCUGCGGUGCGAGCCGAACACGCCGAACACCGCAGCGGUGCGAGGUGGCCUGGCUGCUUUGCCGGGGGCCACGACCUUAAAUAGACCAGAGGCGCCAGCCAGUUAGUUGUGUAUUAUGUGGUUUCAUGUUGUUUCUAUUCUUU